AAAGACAGCUUCUCUACUCAUCACCACAAGAGUCUUUCACCGUUGUUCUUGAUUACCAUGACAAAGAGUGGUUCGAAACCAAACCCAAACCCUGUCGAGAACAAUGCGGAAGAGAUUCAUUACAGAGGUGUGAGGAAGCGUCCGUGGGGAAAAUAUGCAGCUGAGAUCCGAGAUCCGUUUAAGAGAAUCCGGGUCUGGCUCGGUACCUUUGACACUGCUCAACAGGCGGCGCGUGCCUACGACGCUGCAGCACGUGAGCUUCGCGGAGCGAACGCUAAGACGAAUUUCCCGACACUCCUUGAGCUUCAAUUUAAAGGCAGCGGUUACACUCGUGGUCCUAGAAAAAGCAGAACCGUCCACUCGGUCUCUCCCCUGGCGGCGAGACUUGCACCUCCGCAUCUCAGGCUCAGCUUAGGUGGCAGUAGCGGCGGAGGCGCAUGUUAUCCUCAGGUUCCUGUUGCACGUCCUCUUGCUGCACGUCCUCUUGCUGCACGUCCUCCUGUUGCACGUCCUGUUUACUGCUGUAACAUGACGGCGUGUGCUACGUGUGGGGCCGAGAGCGAGUCUGACUCGUCGUCUGUCCUUGAGUUCGAGGAUGAAACUGAGGAGAAACCUCAGCUGCUCAACCUGGACCUUAACUUCCCUCCUCCGGCGGAAUAGGUCGCUUCUACUGACAGUGCAUGCGUCGGGUCUUCUAAAUCAAGAGAAAGUGCGUUCUCCUAUGAUAGUAUCUUUAUUUUUGUUUCUGUCUAAAAAUUAUAUAUUACCCGUUUUAUAAGAAUAUCGUGAUGGUUUAAUAAGUUGACAUGGGAAGAUCGUAAUGUAUAUAAUAUGAACGUGUAACAGAAGGUAUAAGCUUUUGUUAUAAUCUUUUUCUUUUUGCAAGGAUAAGAAAAAGAAAAAAGAAUAUAAUUAUUAUAGUAGUUUUGGUCGUGCGGUCGUGUUACAAAUACUUCUUAAUAGUGAUAAUUAUAGUUGUAUUAUUCUAUAAAAUGAAAAUAAAUAAAAUAGUUAUCGUCCUCCUUGAAAACAAUGGACCAAUUAAGUGUUCUGCACUGCACACACGCACCGGUCGUGGGAGGACCCCACUCUUUGGCUGCGGUGAGGAACACUUCUUUACGCCUAUGUCAUUUUCAUGGGCCCUACAGUUCAUAGUUUGGUCUACCUUUUGACUUUCUGAGUUUGCAGAAAUUAAAUUAACUUAAAAGACUAAUCCGACUAUUUAACAAGUUUGGAAUAUUGAAACGAUCACGUUUAAGGAGGUUAAGAUGAUGAGGCGGUUUCAAAAUGAGAGACAAGGAAGGUGAGAUCUGAUUGGAUUCUUGUCCCCAAAUUUGGUAUCAAAAACGUAUAAGCAGUUAAGCACUAUCGCUUUGAUCCAACGGCCAGCGUCUUCAUCAUCACCAUCUCCACGUGGAUGAACAUAGUAACGUUCUCUAUUUUUUUUUUUGAACACAGUAACGUUCUCUUUAUUUUUGGCUUUUUGGAAUUAAAAAAGAAUGAAGCUACAAAAACCAGUAGAAAAACAUUUGCAUUCUUAUCACUAUCAGUUCAUUUUUCUCUGUGACAUAUUACUAAUAUUUUACUAUUAAUGGUAUGAGAGUGACGUUGCGUAAACACAAAGCCAGUCACGUUUUCUUUUUACUAUUUAGGGUGUUCAGUUGUAUUCGUUUUAGUUUAAAAUUUGUAAGUUUAGUUUUCUUUUAGUUUAAAAUUUACAUUUUUUCACUUUCAAAAUCGUUGAUAUAAUAUUUUAUUAAAACAUUUUCAAUAGCAAAAAGACGGAUGUAUCAAUAGAAUAAUAACAAAAAAGGAGGAUAAUAGCCUUAGAACAAGAAUUAAGUUACAUGAACCAGAUACUUAAACGACUAAGGACCCCCUGAUAGUGAUAAACCACUCGCAUUGUCAGCAAACCAAAAAUAGUAGAAGAUCACAACAGUGCCGUGCCUAUAAUAUUAGGAGCCUAAGGCAAAAAAUUGGUUCGUUUUAUUUCGAAUAAUAAUAGUAGUAAAAAUAGUUGCUUAUAAUAUAGGUCAUAUAGAAAAUUUGGUCUAUGUAUGUAAAUAUCUUAUUUCUAGUUUUGAAUUUUUUUUCAGGAAAGUAUAACAAACAAUGGAAACUUAUAAAGAAAAUGUUAUAAAUAUAAAUGAUAUAGAGAAGAGACUUCUAACAAUUAAAGAAGGAUUUAUUAAAAAAAAAUUAAAGAAGGAUUUAUUAUAUAUUCUUCUUUUAUGCAUAAAUCAGUUCAAAAAAAAACAUUAAAGAAGAAAAAAGAAUAAUAAAGGAAUUUAACGCUUAUAAUUAGAAAAUAGAGAUGUACUCCCUCCGUUCGUUUAUGCAUGACGCUAUCCGAGUUUCACAUAGAUUAAGGCAAAUAUUGUAUUGUCUAUUUUGUCCUUUGUCGUUGCUUUCUUACUCAUUAUUACAAUUAUUAUUCAGUCAAACUUCAUCGAUCCCAAUUUCUAUUAGUCUUAGCUAUUAAAUAUAUUGACAAAUUAUCAUAGAAAUGUAUAAAUGCACCAUUAAUUUUAAGUCAAGUUUCUGUGUUCUUGUGAUAUACGUACAAACAAAUUUUUGGUGUAAAAAUCCUUCUAAAAAUUUUCAUCAAGGAGCCAAAACAAAAAUUUUUAAACUAAAAUUGGAGCCAAACUUAAAAUAAAUCAUGAUUAUAUAUUGACUGAGCACAGUCAAGCGGAUCACAAUUUCCCUGAUGAAUUAUAAUUUUGAUCUAAAUCUCCCAGUUACAAGUAAUGAAAGUGAGUUUUUGUUUAAUCUAAAUCAAACUCCUACUGAUGAAGAAAUAGUUGUAUUCAAUAAUGAAGAUGAUGAUGCUAAUGCGAUCGAUGAAAUUGUCUCCAACGAUUGUUUUAGCGAAACAGAUUUAGGUAAAUUUUUCCAUUCUACGGAGUAAUUCUUUUCUCUCAACAUUUUGCUGUUCUAAUAACGAUCAAUAGUGUUAAAUAAAAUUUGACUUUUAGUUAUAUUUGUGAUUUCUGUACAUAAUUUUGCAUAGACUAGUCAACAAAGGCUGCUAUUUUUGUUUGUUUGUGAUGUGUAUGUGCAAUUUGAUUUAAAAUUACUCCAGACAUUUAUUUAUACUUGUCUCUAUAGGUUUCUUAAUACGGAGUAUAUGAAUGAAAGUUGUGUAUGUUUAUAUGAACAAAUAUACAUGUGUCAUUCUUUUAGGUCAGUCUUGCAGAUAUUUUUUGGCUAACCGUUUCUAUUUUUAUAUUAAUAUGUAGAGAUUGAUGAUCAAACAGAGCUUCCAAACGGAAAAAGGUUGAAUAUCUCCAAUCCAGAAAGGUGGGCAAUAUAUAACGCUUUGUUGGAGAGAAGUCAAAAUGGAGAACUAGAGAAAAAUACUACACGGGAAGUUUCUGAUUUGUUUAUGGUACCUAUCCGAACGGUGCAAAGGAUAUGGAAACAGGCUAAAGACACUUCAAAUGAUGAAGAAGUCAAUGUAUCACACAAAAAAACCGGACGCUGUGGUCGUAAGAAAAUCCAACUUGAUUUGAAUCAAGUUAUGGAAAUUCCGUUGCGCAAGAGAACGUCACUACGGUCGCUUUCAAUGGGUUUGGGCAUUGCUACUUCGACAUUACAUAAACGUGUCAAGGAAGGUACGAUUCGACGUCAUACUAAUGCUAUCAAACCAGGUUUAACGGAUGAGAAUAUGAGAGCUAGAUUGAAGUUUUGUUUGUCGAUGUUGGAAAAGGACUCUCUGGUUCAUGAACCAAAAUUCGUUGAUAUGUACAAUAUUGUACAUAUCGACGAAAAAUGGUUUUACAUGACAAAGCAAACAGAGAAGUAUUAUUUACUUCCAGAGGAAGAGGUGCCUCAUCGAACUUGUCAAAGUAAGAACUUCAUUACGAAAGUUAUGUUUUUAGCGGCGAUGGCUCGGCCGAGAUUUGAUGAUGAAGGGAAUGAGACAUUUUCUGGAAAAAUAGGAGUAUUUCCUUUUGUCACCCUCCAACCAGCUCAAAGACGAAGUAAGAACAGAGAUGCCGGAACUUUGGAGCUAAAAGCAUUAACCUCCGUCAAAAGAAAAGAUAUAAAAGCGUAUUUGAUUGAAAAGAUUAUUCCGGUAAUCCAUGAACGAUGGCCAAUUGAAGAUCGGGGGAACACUAUAUUCAUUCAACAAGACAACGCACGGACACACGUUGAGUGCGAUGACAAAGAGUUUCAAGAAGCUGCGUCUAAAAACGGUUUUGAUAUACGUCUAAUGUGCCAGCCUCCAAAAUCACCCGAUCUAAACAUUUUAGAUCUUGGUUUUUUCAGUGCGAUCCAAUCACUACAAUACCAAGCAUGUCCGACUACCGUAGAAGAUCUUGUGCAUGCCGUGGAAGAUUCUUAUGAUGAAUACUCUUCCGCGAAGGUAAAUUAUAUUUUUUUGACUCUUCAGACAUGCAUGAAAGAGAUCAUGAAAGUUGGAGGGAAAAAUAACUAUCAAAUUCCACAUAUGAAAAAAGCUGCGCUCGAUAGAGAAGGUCGCCUUCCUCUUCAAAUAAGCUGUGAUGUUUCACUAGUCCAAAGUGUAAUGGAUACACUAGCUUCAUCUUCAUGAGUUAGUUAUUUAAAAUUGUUGAACUAUCGUUGGAGUCUUUUUGUUUGUUCAGAUUUCUUGUAGUUUUAUUAUUUAUUAAUGUUUUCAAAUGAAUAAUUUUUUUGUUAUUUUUUUUAUUAACAUAAAAUUGUUUUGUGAAUUAUAACAACGACAAGACCAAAAAGUAGAGCAAAAUGAUUAAUAGAAAAUGUAGAAUUGUGAAAUUAUAUUUCACAUAUUUAUUCUUACGAAAUUACUGGAACAAUAGAAUAAGAUCUAGAUUUAAAAAGAAUGUGAGAGAUAAAUCUUCAACAUUUCCAGUAUGACUUCUUCAGUUGCUAUGUCAGGGUGAAGCUCCCCUUCAUCAUAGAAGAACAACUUAUUCAAAUCGAAGUCGCGUUUGACACGGUAGAAAAUCUUGUAAACCGGCAGAUCAUCUUUAUCUUUAGUCUCCUCUUUCUCUUUGGUAUCUUUUUUCUCGUUGAUCUCUUCAGUUUUCAUUUUUUUUUAGUAUAAACUUAGUGGAGAGGAUAAAAAUACCAGAUGGAUUAUAUAGUGGAGAGAUGGAGUUUUAUGAUUAAUUUGUGUGUUUACUCAGUUGACUGGAAAUGUGCACUUCUUGUAAAAGGUGUCGAUUACGAGAUACUUCCACUGAAACUUGAACUUGUUGACUGAAAAAUUAUGUGAAAUGCGUAAGGGUAGAAAAAGUCUUUUUAUUGAUAUAUUAUGCAUCGGUUUCUGUUUACGUCAAAUAUUUUGGUACAACAAAAAAGUUUAAAACGUCAUGCAUAAACGAACGGAGGGAGUAUGUGUUAGGAAUUUAGGACAUUAAAACCAUUAGAUUAUCAUUUACAUGUUUACAGAGUUAUUUUCUGAAUCUGGGGCCCUCAAAUCUAAUAAUCUAAGAGGGGGCCUGAGGCCAAUGCCUCGAACCAAUUUCUGUUAUGAAGUGUUAAUGCUCCACUAAUGCCAUUUAUAUAUACUACCUUUGAUCAUUAUUGUUGUCACUGAUUCAGAGAGGCAGAAAAAUUAAGACGUUUAAUAUAUGCACUUCUAUAUUGAAAUCAACUAUUGUUGACUUGUUGUACUUUUAGUAGUUAUAGAAUUACAAAGCAUAAAUCAUGUUAUUUUACCAAAAAAAAAAAAAAGCAUAAAUCAUGUUUGCUAACACAAAUAUGUGAAAAAAAAAACAAAAUGCGAUUCAUAUAUACAGCUCCCUUUCAGAAAGUAGGAAUGCAUGCGGCUGAAAAUCAGGAACGUAUGAAGUGAAAGUGGACUUUCUUUUUUAAAAGCUAGUAAGUGGACAUGAAACACAGAAUUCGUAUAUACGAAGUUUAUGUCGAGGUCUUUAAAAGUUGAAUAUUUUAAAUUUAGCACUAAUUAUAUUCAUGUCACGUCACUCGGGUGCUGGCACGACCGUCGACCAAGCAAAAUGCAUCUUGUAUAUAUAGUGUCGUCGGUUCUCCUUCCCACUUUAGCCUUGUUGUCGAUCGUUGUUUAUUGAAAUUGUGUGUCAGUUUCAUUUCUUAUCGCUAAUUCUAUAAAUGGAUACUUACAAGCUGAAGUUUAAAGUAGUUAAAAAAAAGAAGUUUAAAUUAGUUACUGGUUAUCGUUGUUUCAUGUUUUUUUCUAAUCUUUUUUUUAAUCUUCUUUAUCGUGGAACCAAUUACUUAGGUUUUUUACAAGCUGGGUGUUAAAACAAAAAAAGUUUUACAAGCUGCCACAAACAUCUUUGUAAAACUUUUUAUUCAUUCCUGAAAUGAUAUUUAUUUUUUUAGCAAAACAAAUUUUACACUCUUUAACAGAAAUAAAUAUUUUGUUUAUUUCAAAUGUGCAUUCAAAGCCAUUUACGUUACAGAUUUAGGCUACAAUCCAAAAAUAAAUGGGGUUUGCGUGAAGGAAGUGUAAAAUAUUUGCAAUCACUCCAGACACGUCCACUACAAGAAAACAUGAGAAUUCUGAUGGCCGAAAUCGUCAGAAAUUCGUCGGUAUCAUUUCGUCGAAAAAAAGAUUCGUCGGAAUUUCGUCAGACCUUCCGACGACUUACUGACGAAUACCGAGAAACGUCAUUCUGACGAACUUUCGACGAUAUUCCGAUGCGUACACACGAGACCAGAGUUCAUCGGAAAAACUAUAUACCGACGGAGCACGUUCCUCAGAAAAUACCGACGGACACUGGUUCGUCGAAAUUUUCCGAGAAACCUGAUCCGUCGGUAUUUUCCGAGGACUUCGUUCGUCGGUAUAGUCCGACGCCCUCAAUUCGUCAGAAUAUAUCAAUUUUAAAUACAAAUUAAUUUUGCAUUUUUAUAUAUUUUUUUAUAUUAAAAAUUAAUAAAUAAAUAAAUAAAAUCUGAAAUUUAAAACUAAUAAUAUUAUAGAAUUUAAAUUCAUACAAACCGAAAUAGAAAAAAAAACAUUCAGAAAGUUUUAAAAAGCAGAAAAAACUAA